AUGUUUCCUCUCCGUAUACCCCUGCUGGCCAUAUUGGUCAAUGUGGCACUGUGCCAGUACGAUUACUACGAUUACCAGCCUGCUUCCAUGCUAGGACCUUCUGGGCCCAACUGUAAUGAAGAAUGUGACUGCCCAGUAACCUUCCCCAGUGCCAUGUAUUGCGACAGCCGCAAGCUCAAAAAAGUUCCUUUUGUCCCCACGGGGAUCAAGUACUUGUACCUCCAGAACAACCAAAUAGAAGAAAUUAAAGCAGGCGUGUUUGACAAUGUAACUGAUACACUUCGUUGGCUGAUACUCGACCGUAACCAAAUCACCAAUGGUAAAAUAGAAAAGGGUACAAUUGACAAACUUACAGCCUUGGAGAAACUCUUCUUCAGCUACAACAACCUGACAGAGCCCAUCAUACCACCCUCAAAGUCUCUUGAUGAGCUGAAGAUGAUGUACAACCAGAUGUCCAAGUUCCCCUCUGGCCUCCUGAAUGACAAGGAGAAUCUGACCUCCAUCAACGUCCAGCACAAUCUGCUGACAUCUGAUGCCAUUGCUGGGGCAUUCAAAGGGCCGAAGAAACUGCUGUCCCUGGACGUGAGCCACAACAAGCUUAAGAAGCUCCCAGCCGGAGUCCCAAGUUCACUGGAAAUCCUCUAUGCUGACUUCAACGACAUUGAUGGCAUCGGAGCGGGAUACCUGAACAAGCUGCCCACCCUGCAGUACCUGAGGGUCUCCAACAACAAGCUGGUUGACUCUGGACUCCCUGCUGGAGUGUUCAAUGUGACGUCACUGUUGGAGCUGGACCUGUCUUUCAACAAACUGCAGUCCAUCCCUGAGAUCAACGAGCAGCUGGAGCAAUUCUACCUCCAGGCCAACGAGAUCAACAGUGAGUGACAACUGACUGUCUUACCUUAUAGGUGUUUUUAAAGAUGCUGAUUAUACCAACAGUAGAAGAAUAGUAGAAGAAACACAUUCAAGUUGGGCUUUACCUGGUUUUACUGGACAUGGUUUCAGAUUAAGUUUUUGACUGGGUUAUUGCUUGGACCUAGUUAGGCAUAUAAAUGGGCAAAAGACAGGCCUACCAUGUAUUUUGGAAACAUAGGUUGAGGCAUUGGUUAAUUCUAGAUAUUUAUGCCCUGUUUUGGAGCCAAUUAAGGGCCCUUUAGCAUUCAAUCUGGGUUUAGUCAUAUGAGGGCCUCCAUGUAAAGUAUUUACCAAACGUCCAAUUGGGUGUCCCAUGUAAGCCAUCUGUGGUCUGUGGAUGACAUGCCAGAACAAAGUGUCAAACUGUUGAGUGUGUUAACAUUUAAAUUCAACAACUGUAAAGCUUACUUUUCAUAUAUUUCUAAUCAGGUCUUGUUAAUGCUAGCUACAAUUGCACAUUCAUCACUUUCUAUGUUUGACCACUGUGACUACCAAUUGUCAACCAGCAGAAUAGAAUAAAACAGCGGAAACCUAACCACUGCUUCUUGGAAAUGUCAUUCAGAAAAAAAGAAACAAAAAACUACUGAGGGCAGGGGGAGUUCUGUAAGACAACUUUUGUAGUCUUACAGUAAUAAGAUGAGUGUGGCUGUAAUGGACACAGGCCCUUAAUUCUUAUUGUUGAAGAACCAUAAAAAAAAUUGGGUUUGCCUUACUUCAAAAUUAUUUAACUUUUUCUCCAUUUUUAAUUCUUUGCAGAGUUUGACCUGUCAAGUUUCUGUAAGUAUGUUGGACCCGUCAACUAUUCCCGUCUGAAGCAUCUGCGACUGGACGCCAACAACAUCACGCACAGCAGCAUGCCUGCUGAAUCCUCCAACUGCCUGCGCCAGUGCUCAGAUAUCAUGUUUGAAUAA